AUGAACCCCAUGGCGAUGGCGGCACCAGCGGAGGCCCCGCGGCGCGCUCACCUCUACGUCGGCAAUCUGAGCCCUCGGGUUACCGAGUACAUGCUCACCGAGAUCUUUGCCGUCGCGGGACCCGUCCAGCACGUAAAAAUAAUCCCAGACCGCAACUACCAGCACGGUGGCCUUAACUAUGGCUUUGUCGAAUACCUCGACAUGCGCGCGGCGGAGACGGCCCUCCAGACGCUCAACGGGCGCAGGAUAUUCGACACUGAGAUCCGCGUCAAUUGGGCGUACCAGGGGCAACAGAACAAGGAAGAUACGACGAACCACUACCACGUCUUCGUCGGCGACCUCUCCCCUGAGGUGAACGACGAUGUCCUCGCGAAGGCGUUCAGCGCGUUCGGCACGCUCUCGGACGCGCGUGUCAUGUGGGACAUGAACUCGGGCAAGUCGCGCGGGUACGGCUUCCUCGCGUUCCGCGACAAGACGGACGCGGAGCAGGCGAUCGCGACGAUGAACGGCGAAUGGCUCGGCUCGCGCGCGAUUCGCGUCAACUGGGCGAACCAGAAGACGCAGGGCAGCCUCGGCGGUGGGGGCGGCGGCGGGGGCCCCGUUGGUAGCCCCAUUGGCGGCCCGCCCGCGAUGGCGCGUCCCAUGGGUGCUGGUGGCGCGCCUGCGCCCAUGAACCUGGCUGGCGGCCCGCUCUCAUACGAGCAGGUCCUCACGCAGACCCCCGCCUACAACACCACCGUCUACGUCGGGAACCUCGUCCCGUACUGCACGCAGGCCGACCUUAUCCCGCUCUUUCAAACCAUCGGCUACCUGUCUGAGAUCCGCAUGCAGGCCGACCGUGGCUUCGCGUUCGUCAAGCUCGACACGCACGAGCAUGCCGCGAUGGCGAUCGUGCAGUUGCAGGGGCAGAUGGUCCACGGCCGCCCGAUCAAGUGCAGCUGGGGGAAGGACCGCGCGGACCCGAACGCGGCGGCUGCGGGUGCCGCGGCAGUCACGGCGACCCCGAUGAGCCCGACCGCGGGUUCGCCCUACGGCAAUAUGCCGAUGUAUGGCAUGCCUCAGCCGAGCCAGUACGGCCAAUAUAGCUUUGGCGGGUAUGCCAGCCCCAGCUCGCCCAGCAUGCCACAAGCGGCAGCCGCUGCUGGCCUUGGUCUCGGGGCUGCAGGCGCGACGGCGGGUGCGGAUCCUACAGCGGCUGCUAGCGCAGCUGCUUGGGGCGCGGACCCGACUUCCUACUACCAGAACUACUGGAGCUACUACGGACAGACUGCCCCCGGCGCUACGGGCGACGUGAUGCCGCCCUCGUAA